AUGUCAAUUUACAUGUUUUGCAGCAAUAUCCAUAUUUCAAAUCGAUGGCUGGCUUUGGUCGUUGUUCUAGCGGUGUCGUUGGUAUAUAGUAUCAGCUAUGGCUUUAUUCCCAUCUCUGGAAACUAUCUGGUACCAAGAGAAGUAACUCAUGAUCCUGUUCCGAGUGUCCGCAACGUCGCUAAAUCUUCCUGCCUUCGAAAUGCAUUUUCAAACGUUGUGCUUGUAAUUGUGUAUAACUUUCCUUUCUACUCCAGUAUCCCAACACUCUCUGCCCUUUACAAGAAUGCAUUUCCCACGAUCAUGUUUUGCGGACCGAAGGAGACAAGGAAACAUAAUGUCGAGGCUCUUGAGAUUUUAAGGGGAUACUUCUCGUACACGUGCAUGUCACGUGCCAUGGACAAAUAUCCCGGCUACGAAGGAUAUUUACUCAUAGGCGAUGAUUUAAUACUCAACUAUUGGAAUCUAAUUGGAAUGGAUCGAAACAAAAUCUGGGAAGGGCCUAAGGUACCGAUUCUAAUAGAAUAUGCUCCGCCUGAAAAAUGGCAAUGGUGGAAUUCUGCUUAUGGAGUGAAGACUUGUCAGAAGGCAUACGAUGAAAUCUGGGUUCUAUACAACACCACUAGUACUGAAAAGUUGUCGAACAUGAGCAUGCGAAGUAUUUUAGAUAAAGGGAAAGUCCAUUCCAGAGGCCCGUUAUGGGAAAUUAAAGGGUCGAUUGAUCUCUCCAAACAAAACAAGAACUGGACAUUUCUUUGCCCCCGAGGUCGCUCAGACAUAUUUUACUUUCCUCGAAAAUUUAUAGAUGAAUUCAAAACACUGUCUUAUAUUUUUUACAAGCAACGUACUUUCUUGGAAAUUGCAGUUCCUACAAUGUGUCGAAUGAUUGAUAAGGAAGAAAAUUUUGAGUACCUCCCCGGAAUUUACCUGCCGGGGGUAGGGGACAAACAGUCCGACUUUCUGUGGAAAACAUAUAACACCACGCUGGCGUUCAUCCAUCCCUUCAAACUAAAUUAUAAUCACGAUGGAGCCCUGAAUGGGGCACUCCUGAAAAACUGGAUCAUAGAAUAUAGUAAUAGUUUGAGUAUGUGCUAA